AGAGGCUUAGUGAUGAAGAGGCUUAUCACGUCCAUCAUCUUAGUCAUUUACUCCAAACACCCGUCAAUGCUUCAGAGGGCUGUGGACCUAAGAAAAUACCCAAAGUUAUUUGUUGGUGAGAAUGAACACUCUGGAGGAUGUCCCAUUUCAGACCCUACUGGGUCCACUGGAGGAGGAAAUGCAGCUUGUGACGGCUCCAGACAUCUCUAUACCGGACUGCCAUCGGAUACUACGAGACACUGAGUACGGAUUCAACCUGGAGAGAUGGAUCUUAACUGGGAAGCAUCCAGUCUGUCAGGCCCCGUCCUGCCCCCCCUACUGGUUGAUGUUCAGCAGCCCUCAGAAGAAGAGCCACAGGUCCAAUCGCAGGAGCAGCGACCCGUGGGCCCUGAGCCCCCGGCCCCGCAGUCACAGCCUGAACUCUGUCAACCAUCGCACCGUCAAGUUCCACAUAUCUGACUCUGAGGAUGAAGAUGGUUACCAUGAGGAUAAUGAAGCUGAAGCCUCCUCCACUGAAGAUGCACGUCGCUCUAUCAAGAGCAGAGAGCGACCCCGGAGCGCUGCACCCAAAGACCUACUCUCCAGAGUAAAAGACCAGCACUUUGGUCCUUCCAAACCUCCCUCGCCUCAGAGCCUCAGAAGCCACAGGGGCUCUUUACCUUCUCUCCAAGACUGCAGACAACCUCUGCGAGCGCUGGAGCAGCACAGGCCACAGCCGACCAGCCCCCUCCACCACGGUCAGAAGAACAGCAAAAAGAGGCAGCGUACACUGGGCCCUGUGGGCAGGAAGAUCUCCCAGAACACCCUACCUGCUCCCUCUCCACCCAGGCUGCAGAAGCAACGACCCUCCUCUGCAGGGCCCGUUGUCAAAAACAGCAGACAGAAGGCCCUGAGGACCGGUGGCUCUCGUGGGGUUUUCUUUGACUCAGCAGCAGAGUUGUUGUCAGCACUCAGCCAGGAAGAGAGGGAUCUACUUGAAACCGUCACAGAGAGGGGCUACCCUUUACGUACAGCCAUUCUGGCUCUUCAGAAGACAGGCUAUCACAGCCCAGAGAAGAUCCUGAAAUACCUGGUAGCCAGUGACCGUCUGUGUGAGCUGGGUUAUGAUGAAGCUCAGGUGGAGGAGGCCUUGGAGAUGUUUCAGAACUGUGAGAGCAAGGCUGCGGAGUUCCUGCGCCUUCUGACUCAGUUUAAUGAGAUGGGCUUCCAGCAAAGUGCAAUCAAAGAAGUGCUGCUUGUUCAUGAAAAUCACCGUGAGAGGGCUCUUGAAGAGCUCAUGACACGCAUGGCUUAAACAGAACAUCUUCCCAUUUCUAGCCUGCAUAGAGAGUGGAUUAUUUUCUACAAUACCGUAUGUGAAAUGUACUAGUAUACAUACAGUAUGUACUAUGAUACAUUAUGUGGUCAAAAUAUAAUACUUAACAGAUACUGCCUUCUGACUUGGACUCAAAGUAAAACUUGUACAACUCAUCCAUACGGGCUAGAAUGAAAACAUCCAGGUACUCUUAGAACAGUAGAAAGAUCAUAAGUAGGUAUCAUAAAUGUUUAUUUACAGCUUGGUUUUAAAAAGCACUCUGAUGAGCAAAUCUAGCGGUCAUCCCAGCUGGAGGAAUAAAACCAAGGAGCGCUGGCAAGCUGCUACAGUACUAAAACAAAGUAGUGCUCUAGAUAUGGUUAACGUUUCAUUUAAAAGGCUGUACCCCUGUACCCCUUUGUAUGUCAGAUACAAAGCCUCUACAGCCUUGGUACAAAUAUCAUAGGGCUGGGCAAAAUCUUUUAUCCCUAUAUAUAUAUUAUCUCAAUAACGAUAUAUAUCUCAAUAUAGCAUGUUUUUUGGUAAUUCAAUUAAAUAAAUAGUCUAUACUCUAUAUGACAUAACCUAAUGGUAAAGCUUAUUUUUGUAUACUCCUGUGUGAAUAAAAUACUUGACAAAUGAAAAGUACUUUUUCUCAUUUUAAGAACUUGAGUUCAAAAUGAACAUAACUGUUUUAAGUGAAAUUAUAGAGAAUAAAUAAAUACAUAUAGGUCUAGCAUAUAUCAGGAUAGAAAUGAUAUA